AUGUUAAUGUCAGGCUACCAAAGCCACCUUACUCCUUUUGCUGGUCUCGUCCCUUCUCUACUCAACCCAUCUUUCCAGCAACUUCCACCUUCACAGCAGCAAAUGGAAAAAAUAGCAGACGCAAUAAUUGAAGCGAGAUACGGCGGAAUCAGUGGCAUGCGAAAACAACGAAGAUCGCGAACAGCUUUCACCGCUCAACAACUUCAAACUCUUGAACGCGCAUUCGAGACAACUCAGUAUCCAGAUGUACUUACUCGCGAGCGACUUGCUCUUUGCACAAACUUGCCAGAAGCGCGUGUCCAAGUUUGGUUCAAGAAUCGAAGAGCCAAAUUCAGAAAAAUGCAAAAAGCUGUCGAAACUCCAGCUAAAUCCACGAGCCCAAAAGCCGAAUCUUGUGAGCCCACCAACGAAAACCUUUCAGUCAAAAACGAUGACUCUGAAGCAGACACAGAAUUCAAAGGAUCUGCUGACAGUCCCGAAGAGAUCCCUAGACCAAGCCAAGCUGUUAGCCACUCCAUUCUCAACAUAUUUUCCCAGACAGAGCGCUACCGAUCCUCUCUCUACCGAAAUCAUCUUCCUAGUCUGGCUACUGGCUUCCCAACAUUUCGGCCAGACUUGCAACUUCCUCUUCUAUCUCAGUUCGCAUCUGCUCAGAAUUAUUUGUCUCAGAUGUCCCGACUUCCACUGACUACUGAGAUGAGUACCCCAUAUCAACCGUCACCACGACUUAUUUCAUCUGCAGUUUUUGAUGAAACCCCAAUCGAAGUCGUCAAGAGCGAGCUCGUAGAGUGA